CCCGCCCCCUCGGUCUCCGUAGAUGGAUCGGUGUGCACGGAGACUGCGAGCAUCGGAGAGUACAGGGGAAACAGGAAGAGGUGUAGAGGAGAGGAGAGGAGAGGGGGGAGAAAGAAGACGAGAGGAGAGGAUCGGGUGAGACAAGGUGGCGAGAGGAGUUGAAAGGGAGUAAAAGGGGAGCAGAGGGGCUCGUGGACCAGAGAGAACGAAGGCGCGCACACACACACACACACAAAAGCCAAGUCGCGGAGGAUGAGCGUGUCUCUCUAAAGGGGUCCAGGUCUGCACGGGGUCCGCUGCCUCGCUAAUCUUGACCGACGGCAUCCUCGGAUCCGGAACGAAGUGUGUCUCCCCCCUUUUCCUCCCAGUGCCCUUUGUGAGUGGAGGGCCUCCCAAACACAGACCAAGACUGGCUGCAUGUAUCACCCCGCAGAGCUGUACUCUGGCCGUGACACAUGGGACUCCUAUCCAGCUGGAGGACCAAACAGAGGACAAUGGGCUCCAUGGAGCCAAACGGAAAGGUGCCAUGGAGGGCGCAAUCAAGCACAUAGUCCACCAUCAAGUCGUCUUUAUAACAGGGGGGAGAGAACGGGGCACAGGCAGCCUCUUCGUCUCUGGGAUGGAAAAGAGUCAUUUGAGGCUCAGAACUGGCAUCAGAACUCCACUCGCUCAUUCCACAACAGAGGCGCCCCCCCCAGCGGCUACCCUACAGGGCCGGGAGAGCGCUACGCAAACUGGGACAACAUUGCCGGCAACUCUUUGCAUGGGGGGUCUCGCCUGCAUCGCACCAACAUAGAACUCCAGUCCCCGCCAGAGAGAUGGGCCCCUUCAGACUGCAGGAGGAACUUUUCCGGCAGGAUUGUAAACGACAGACCGGGACCAUGGAAACGGCCCGCCCUCCACCAGCGGCGAGACCAUCUGCACCACCACAGUUCCCCUGCACAGCACCCUGUAUCCCCGAGGGACGAAUGUUCCUCCAAGAGGAGAAGGGACCUUGGCCCCGAUCAGCCAUCUCAUCCUGGAACAAGACAUUUGUCUCCACCUGUCCACGCUUCAUCACCACCGCGCCACCACCGCUCCAACCCGGACAACUGGAAGCCCCCUAACGAAAGGUCGGGUCAUUGCCACCACUAUGACCACAGGACCUCAACAACACAGCAACAGGAAACCUCUAAACUGCGAGCUGGAGGACACGGCUUAAGUAACAGUCACCUAGCGGCUCCGAAACAGGGCUGUGGCAGCAGACCACCCCAACACGGAAGCAGGGGGAAGGUCGACCAGAGAAUCGCAUCAUCACCAGCAGACCACACCCGUGUGCCUUACAGCCCAAACCAUCACCGCUACUAUCCACGACACACGGCCCACCCCAGAGCCCCAUCGCACGACAUGCCGCCCCACCCUUUUGGGGAAAAGGAUUCACGGAGCCAUCCACACAAACAAAGCACAGAACCUCAGCGCACUCAUCAGAGGGAUCCAGCCCUCUGCAAGUCUUCUGGUGCAGACUCUCCUUCCUAUUCAUCCCUCCUCUUUAGCCCUAAAGAUGGAGGUUCUUCUGCCAGCAGUCCACACGCUUCUCCCAGUUCCUCUUCAUACACAGUGGCCAGUAGCAGAAAAGACCCACCGAUCAGUCAUCAGUUCAUCCCUGGCCUCAGUGGGCAGCAGGACCUCCAGGGAAGCCCAAAUUACAACCAGAGACCUAGCCUGACAUCUACAACGUCUCUCACAUCUCACGCUGGUCUAAAAUCCAAGUUUUCAGAGGUCAAAUAUAGGAAGACCCUGCAGCCCCCCUGCUCACGACAGUCCCCGCACAGCCAAUCAAGAGCAAUAGAGCCGGAAAGGGAGUUCAAAGAACUGACAAAAACAGAGAAGCUGGUAAAAAAGCAGAGGAAGACAAACCAAAAGGGUGAAGAGAGGAAGCGGCAUAAGAAAAAAGAGGAAAAAAGGUUGGCAGAGAGCAAAAGGAAGAGGGAUAAAGCAGCAAGGAGGGAAAGAAAGCUCGGCUUGAAAUCUAAGGUCAUAGAAAAUGAAUUGUUUACCUCCAGCUCUACUUUCAGAUCUUCAGGCGAAGCCAAAAUACAUAAAAUGGAGAUUUCAACGCUUUCCCCAGAAUAUCAAGGCGAGUUACCACCCAAGCACAGGCAGAGGAGGGAACACGCAGAGAGGACACACGAGCCAUCCACAAACUCUCCUUUACAGCAGCCACUGUCAAAAUGUGAAAAUCCCCAAAUACCCAAGAAGAAGAGCUGUCCCCCAAAACUCCCUUUCAAGGAACAACUAAAACUUGGGUCUCUUCCCAGGAAGAAAUGCCCCAACCAGUCCGGCAAGAGGCCCGCUGCCGCCCCAUCGCCAUCAGAAGGGCGAGCAGAGGCAAAGCCCGCCGACACACUGCCGUCCCUUUUACUUAAAGCAUUAGCGCCUCUCAGCACAGCGUGUGCCGUCACCGUACAGCAGCCCGUUCAUGGCAAAGAAGGUGGCCAGGGAGGGGCUCUCGGCGCUCCGGACCUACAGCCUGUGGGAAGCGCGAGGGAAGCGGGAGACGACCUCGCCAACACUCCUCCCGUUCUCAGCUGGCAGGGCUCUCCAGUAUCCACUCUGGGAGAAGAUGAAGAGGAGCUGGGGAAGGGAGUGUUGAGCAGACCCGUCCUCCAGCCCAGCCCCACCCAGUGCUUCUCUCCCCCUCCCGUUGACAGCGAGAGCACUGACGACGUGAAUAAGGAUAAGGCUGAUUAUUCCCACGGCGGCGUGUCUGAACUCGGCCAUCUGCCUUGUGCAUCGGAGCAGGUUGCGGACAAAGAAAAGGAAGAAGAGGCGGACAGCUGCAGGGAAACCUCUGGCUCUCUUCUGCGUGAACUUCGCCACCACGAAACCGGUUUGGAUGAUGUCUUCAAGAGCCUGGCCACCUUUCUCGGAGGGCACAGGGUCACAUCUCGAGGCGGUCCAUUUGGGGGAUCUCCUCCCUGCUCCACGGGAGGAGUGAAGUACUCCUCUUCUCUUGAACUGGGGCCAGAGAUCAUCCACGAGCAUCCGGAUUUCUCCCCACAGUCCGACCUAACGGCAUCGUCCGCAUCCAGUCAGCAGUCACCGACUCACUCUACCUCCACAUUUUUGAGAAACCACAGUGGGAGGAAGCGUGUGGCGGACGCCCCGGUGCAGGAGCUGCAGGAAGAAAUCAAGAUCAUCAGGAAAGAGAGUAAACAGGAGAAGGACAUGGAGAUUGUCCCGGAGCGAAAAGAGUCCUCUCUUCUGGAUGGAUCGCUGAGUGCAAAGCUGAGACUGACCACAACGCAUACAGCUUCUUUCACCGGCCUCAUCACUCUCUCCACCAAGGAGGAGAGGGUACGCGGUGAAGAGAGACAGAGCGAAUACGCGGACCGAAAGAAAAAACAAAAGGUCAACGACGGGGGGAGUGAAGGAGAGAUCAAGAUCAAGAUCAAGACGGAGGAGAGCAGCAACCUCUGUUCUAAAAACAAAGUGAAAGAGAUCCGGAAUUUGGGAGAAAGAGAAUCGUCCGUCUCCAGAAAGUCACCCAAGCCGUUCAAAAAUAGUAAGAAGGGUCGGAAAAAAACAACCCUGGAGGGCGAACACAUCCAUGAAGAAAAAUUGGACAAGGACGCAAAUGUAAAGAUCGUGACUGAGAAGAAGGAAGAGUUGGAAAAUGAGAUCUCCUCAGCUCCUGGAAAAACACAUAACAAGAGCCCCAGCUCGACUGAAACAACCAAUACCUCCAAAGCAGGCCCGACCACAACAGCGAGUAAACCUCCCUGUUCAGUAGGUCCAGUCGACCCCAUGAAGCUGAAAGCGUUGUCCAUGGGCUUCACUAAGGAGCUACGGAUCCUCUUGAUUAAGGUGGAAAGCGCUGGAAGACAAACAUUCAACAUAUCGGAGUUGGAGGAGCAAAGAAUCCCACUCUCCAAGAUCUGCAUCGGGAACACGGGCGCUGAAGUGGUCCGAGCCUGCAAGGGGACGAGGGUGAAGGGGAAGUUCAAGGAGUCUUUCCUCCUUCCCGCCUUCUCUGUCAAACCUAACAUUGCCACAAUGGCCAUCAUUCCUCGAGCGAAGCUCAACCCUCCUACACCAAGCAUCUACUUGGAGAGCAAGAGGGACGCCUUCUCUCCAGUUCUGCUUCAGUUUUGCACUGAUCCCAAAAACGCAGUUACUGUCAUCAGAGGCCUCGCCGGAUCCCUCCGCCUGAACCUUGGUCUGUUCUCGACCAAAUCUUUGGUGGAGGCCAAUGCGGAGCAUGCAGUGGAAGUGAGGACCCAGGUUCAGCAGCCCGCUGACGAGAACUGGGAUUCGAGUGGUUCCACGCAGACGUGGCCCUGCGAAAGCAGCCGCUCACACACCACCAUUGAUAAAUAUGCUCAGUACCAGGCCUCGAGCUUCCAAGAGAGCCUGCAGGAUGAGAAAGAGAGCGAGAACGAAGAGGAAGGAGAGGAAACCCAGUCUUCAGAAACAAAAGCCGCUACAAAGGCUGCUCUGACAUUAGUCAACAUCAAAGGCAGUCCUUCUACCUUCUUCAGCAAAGCCCAACCGGUUAUUUCCAACGCCAGCUCGGAGCAGAAAACCGCCGGAAAGAUCAUUAAAUUUGGCACAAAUAUUGAUCUCUCUGACCCUAAAAGGUGGAAGCCUCAGCUGCAGGAGUUGUUUAAGCUGCCCGCUUUCAUGCGCGUGGAAUCCAGCAACAACAUGCUCAGCCACGUCGGGCAUACCAUCCUGGGCAUGAACACUGUCCAGCUCUACAUGAAGGUGCCAGGCAGCCGCACGCCAGGUCAUCAAGAGAACAACAACUUCUGCUCGGUCAACAUCAAUAUUGGGCCUGGUGACUGUGAGUGGUUCGCUGUUCACGAGCACUACUGGGACGCCAUCAACAAGUUCUGUGAGAAGCAUGGUGUAGACUACCUGACAGGGUCCUGGUGGCCAGUCCUUGAAGACCUCUACAGCUCCAACAUUCCGGUGUACCGCUUCAUUCAGAGGCCCGGAGACCUGGUGUGGAUCAAUGCGGGGACUGUGCACUGGGUCCAGGCUGUGGGCUGGUGCAACAACAUCGCCUGGAAUGUGGGACCACUCAACUCGUACCAAUACCAACUCGCCCUGGAGCGCUACGAGUGGAACGACGUGAAGAAGGUCAAGUCGAUCGUUCCCAUGAUCCAUGUUUCUUGGAACGUGGCUCGAACCAUCAAGGUCGCCGACCAGGACACCCACAAGAUGAUCAAACACUGCCUGAUGCAGUCCAUCAAGCACAUCCAGAUUCUGAGAGAGCAGUUGUUGGCUGCAGGGAAGAAGAUCUCUUACCAGAGCCGCGUGAAGGACGAGCCGGCCUACUACUGCAACGAGUGUGACGUGGAGGUGUUUGAUCUCCUGCUUGUGACCAGUGAGAACAGCAGUAAGAAGAGCUACGUGGUGCACUGUGAGGACUGUGCUCGAGCUAAGAGCCCGUCGCUGGGGGGGGUCGUGGUGCUGGAACAGUACCGAAUGGAGGAGCUGAUGAGAACCUACGACAACUUCACGCUGGCUCCAUCACCGUUUUCAAAGUGAGGAUUCCUUCCUGGUGUCUUUCAGCCAUAACCAAAACUCUGAUGGCAGCGCAGAUGUUGUCUAUUCCAGCAAACACUCUUUGAAUCAGCCACUUUCACUCAGUAUUGUUUACAUCACACAAUGAGGUAUGGAUACUCAGCCAAUCCAACUAUAGCUCACUGUCUUCCCCGUACCAGCUGCUGAUUGGACGUGUGUUUUGAAAUAGAAUGACUAGACUGGUACUUUUCAUGAAAAGCAUUUCAGAUAUGUUAAAAAAACAAACAACGUGAGCACUGUUAGCAAUGAAAAUCAGGUUAAAUGUUCAACGGACACUGCUGUGAUUCAAAAGCGUCAAGUAGCCGUUUCUGUGUUUAAAUUCAGGUACUUUUAUGCAAAUUCUGUAGAACUUUUUUAUACCAAUCUAGUUAUUCUAUAUGUCCAUGAAUUUGCUGUGAUUCUGUUGUACCAGCAGGGGAAUCGCUUCACAGGAGAAGUAGCUGAUUGUCACAUUUGGCAUCGUAUUGGUUCCUCUUGGUUUUUCUUUGGUAUUCAGGUAAACUCUGACAUUUGUAAUUCCUGUCUGUAUACUCUUUGAGGUGCUAUUCCAAUCUAAUUUAUUCCCGUUAGAUACUUACAAAGUUUUACCAGCCUAUCAGUACACCACAUUGGCCUUGCAAGCUGUAUUUAUAGGAGAGGUAAUUAGAGGAUUAAACACACAUAUAAUGAUUUCUGUACAUAUUUAAAAUAACAAAUCAAAAACCUUUAUCAGUUUCUCUACAAUACGGGUUCAUUAGAGGACAAAUAUGGUUUACUUCUUAGUUGGAAAUCAAGUAUGUAUAUUGAAAAAAUGAUAAAAUGUCAUUAGUGUGGUUUCUAUGAUACACCCAGACAACAGACCGUGCCGUUUUUUAUUUUUGAAAUUGGAAAAUAAUCCGUUUUAUACCUCUUUUUGUUGCUAUGUUCUUGUUUCUGAAAACACAGAAAAUGUGUUGACAGAGAAAAUACGUAAUUGUAAAUUGUGAAUGAAUUUAUGAGCUACACAGUGAUGUGCAUAGAUGGAGAAUAAAGGGACUCGGAGGGGGGGAGCGGGUUAUAUAUACUGUAUAUGUCCAAAGAGACAAACAAUCAUAAUCUUAUAAUGCAAAAGCCAAUAAGGCCAAAUAGAUAAGCAGACUUUGGAUUGUGCCCCAAACAUCCGUCGUGAUGAGGCUCCGUGCACUGCCAGGGGUUUAAUAUGCUACAUUUCCAGUUGAACUUGUUGAAGAGCACAUGAACGAGACAUCACAAAAAAAGGCAUUUAGACAGCGCUUUAAUGAAAAGAAAGUCCGAUUCUGUUGGGACUGGGGUGGGAAUUAGUACCAGAACAGAGGUCACGGGAGAGGUCACACGGAGCCAGAGAAAACUCAGCGUGCAUGAGAUCAAUCAACUCUCUCCCAACAGGGACUACAUAGUCUAACCUUUUGGCGUCUAGGUGUUAUAUGUCACAAUGCAAGGUUAAGGUACAACGAAAAGCUUUGCUUCCUCUGGACUGUAUCACGUACACAUUUGAACCCCAAGUUCGACCAAUUUAAUAACAUUUAAAUAGAGGAUCCUCACUAUCAACAUUACAAUGAAAUCCCCACAUAUGGCAAUUUUGACAUUUCUGCCAUGCCCUUAAUUCAUCUGUGCACACACAUACUGUACAUAAAGUAACUGUUUUCAGGUACACUAGAAGACUUACGUAGUUUUAUUCUCAAACAAAAAUGUAAUUUGUAUAUGGUCAAAUAUGUCCACCCCGGUCUGUCAUCUGUUUUGGCCGUUUCUCCAUUAUAAUACACCCUAUAAAUAUCCUGUAUCCCACUACAACGAGAAUUUCUUCCCACUUUUAUACCUCUUUUUGUUGUCAGUUUCUGUAUUUUGGAUUAAAGAGAAAAUUGUAAAUUGUGACAUUAUUUAUAUUGUACAUUGUGGUUUUCUUACAUAUUUAUUGCAAAUCAAAGGUUACUUCACUUGAUAAGGGGCUACAAGGUAUUUAAAAAAUGUAGUAUGGUCAUAACAUGUGGAUAGGGGAAGUGCAAUCAGGGGGCGGUGUAUUUUUCCUGGUGCUAAACCCCUCCUUGACUCAAUGCCCCCUCAUUAAACAGCAUACAAAAGUCUGUGAUACAACUCAAACCGACCGGUUGGUGCUUGAAACCAUUUCAACAGAAUGAUGUCUUUGUACUGUGUUUAACAGAUGAAUACAGAAUCUUUUAAAGCUUUUUGUCCAUUUUAUGAAAUUCAUAAUCUUGUGAGGCAGUAGUGGUUUUAUGAUGAGCAUUAGUAGUAGUUGUAAUUCUUAACACUUUUACAAAGACUUUUAGGGAUGUGACUUUAAACAAUGUUGAGGUUUCGUUUUUUGUGUCUUGUCCUCAUUAUUAGUAUUAUUUGAAGGAUGUGAUAAUGCUCUUUUUCCUCUUGACUUAUUUGAUUUAUGCUGCACUUAUUGUUUAAAAAAAAAAAAGACAUAGAAGAAAACCUGAGCCAGACCUGUCUUAAACCCCUCUGUGUUUAUUCUGUGACAUAUUGUAUUGUUGUUGGACAAAAUAAAAUGUUUUGAUAAAUUA